CUUCCUUCCUCUCUCUGUCUCAUGGCGGAAGGCUCAACCCCAGUCAAGUCGUCCUCAGACGAUGCAUCAACGGAAGAACCAUCGGACCAAGGAAACGGUUCAGUACUAAAGCUUUUUGGCUAUCCGGUGACGGAGUAUGAUGACAUACCGGUGCCGGAGGAAAACAGAAAAUUUCAGUGCCAAUACUGUCAUCGCGAGUUUGCUAACUCUCAAGCACUAGGAGGUCACCAGAACGCACACAAGAAAGAGAGACAAAGGGCAAAGCAGAUACAGUUCCAGAGCAACCGGCGGUUCACGGCAAUCCCACCGAUCCUGAACUCGCACGCUGUCCGAUCAGGGUCCUUCAUAUACUCAGGUGUAACUGCUGAUAUUAGCCGUUCGUACUAUCCAACGCCGCUUCCGCCAUCACCGGGAGUACUGUCGUCACCAUUUCCACGGUCUCCACCUGCUUGGUUUUACGUCGCACGACCAGUAAGGUAUGCAGUGGAUACAGAAGCGGAUCACACUGGAGCUGCUACUCUAUCUGGGAGAGUAGUUUCAGACGUAGGGAAUGCUGGAGUUGAUCUGCAUCUAAGCCUUGCGCCUUCCUCGAGUUCAUGAUGAGCUAGUUGUUAGUUUGUUCAUGGCGGUUAUCUCCCCUAAUGAUGGUAAUUAAAACUUAUUAAAAUGUCAUUAUAAAUAUGUUAUUAUAUCUCUUAUAUUCAUUUCUUUUUAAAUUAAAUCCCAAAUUUUUUUUUUUUUUUUUUUUAGGUUUAAUAGAAAAUAAUGUUAGUUAGGAAAUGUGGAUUUCGAUUGUAUUGGGGAAAAUCCACUUGUUAGCUGUGCAAAGUAGAAUCUUUUUGCACAGUGGUAGUCCACCAAUCAUUACUUUUUGUUAUUUCCCUUCAUGAGUUUUUCAAAAUACCUUCAAAUUCACAAUAUUCAAGAUUUUUAGAAUAAGAGCCACUCACCAUGAUAGUGCAGUUGAGUGAUCCACUGGCCUUCAAUUUUUAUUCUGAUUUUUUUUUUUAGAUUCAUGACAAUAGAUAAAUUUGGUUAGAUGACAAUUUUAUGGUCCCCUAUCA